AUGGGACAUGUUGCUAUUUUUACUCCUGAACUUUCCUGGUAUAAAAGGAUCACCAACGGAGGAUCUGACAGUAAGGUCGUUUUUUUUUUUUUUUUCCUACUCUGCAGCUCAUUAAAAUCCAGUCUUAUUCUAUUUCUGUUGAUUUCUACAAUGCAUGUGUUUUGCUGUCAUCCGGUUCCAUCUUCUAAGGUGUCUGGAAAAUCUGACUACUUUGUCAUCCUACUGAACAGCUGCCCCAUGAGGAUGGACAGGAGAGAGGGACUGGAUUUUCUAAAGCCAAUUUUGGAGAAGACACUUAUGAAAAUGUCCUUUCGCAAUGGAGUUGGCACAGGAAUGAGAAACACUUACUUUCAAAGAGCAAAAUCAUGA